UCAUUUUCUUCUUCGUCAGCCUCCCUUCAAUCGCCAUAUUGGGCAACCGAGAAAAGGGCUCGUCUCCCCUUGUUUUUCCCCCCCCCCGUCUUGCUCUUACUACGCGGCGGCGCUGCGAGGUCCUCGCCGUGCCCAUCACCCCCGGCGGGGCAGCGCGGAGCUGCGGAGGGCAGCGCCGCUCCCCGCCUCCUCCACCCGCCCGGGGCUGCUCGGCUUCUCCUCCCCGGGCCGGCGCUUAUGCAAGGGCGCCUCGCCGCCCCUUCUCCGCGGGCCGAAGGCGAGAGAGCGGGGGCAGCGCGGAGCGGAGGCGCGGAGCGGAGCCCCCGAGCGCCGAGGAAUAGAAGGCGGAGAGGAGGAGGAGGAGGAAGAGAAGGAGGAGGGGAGAGGGCAGCGAGCAAAACAACCGCCGCCAGAAGAAAAGAGGGUGGGGGGAGAUGUCAAACGUGCGUAUUUCUAAUGGGAGCCCUACCCUGGAGCGCAUGGAAGCCCGGCAGUCGGAGUACCCGAAGCCGUCAGCCUGCAGGAACCUCUUCGGGCCGGUGAAUCACGAAGAGUUAAACAGGGACUUGAUGAAGCACCGCCAGGAGAUGGAGGAGGCAUGCCAGAGGAAAUGGAAUUUCGAUUUCCAGAAUCACAAGCCGCUGGAAGGCAGGUACGAGUGGCAAGUCGUGGAGAAGGGGAGCUCGCCCGACUUCUACUUCAGACCCCCCCGGCUACUGAAAGUCGUCUGCAAGUCCUCCGGCCGCCAGAGCUUGGAUGUAAACGGGAAUUGCCAAACCGUGGUUUUUGUCGGUUCUCAGGGAAUCUCAGAGGACACUCACUGUGUAGAUCAAAAGACUGGUGUUUCUGAAAAUAGUGAGACGGACUUUGCAGAGCAGUGCACUGGGCAGAGGAAAAGACCUGCCACCGAUGAUUCCUCUCCUCAAAAUAAAAGAGCCAACACAACAGAAGAGGAGGUUUCAGAAGACUCCCCCAGUGCCAGUUCAGUGGAGCAAACACCCAAGAAAUCAAGCCCGAGAAGACUUCAAACGUAAACUGUUUAGAGCGGAGGAUGUGCGUGUCCUCGUUGUUCAUCGGGAGGCGAUGAAGCGAGGAAGAUGUAAAGUUGUAGUGGAAACGAAAAUACAUAUCGCCGAUCUCCGUGGGGUGGAGGUCCUGUACAAGCACUGAAAAAAAAAAAAAAAAACAAAAACCAACAACGGCAACAAAACAAAAUCCAACAAAAAAAAGAAAACAAUAACACUAAAAUUUUAGGCACUCUUAAAAGACCUGCCUCUAAAAGCAUUGGAUGUAGCAUUGUGCAAUUAGGUGUUUCCUUAUUUGCUUCAUUGUACUACCUGUGUAUAUAGUUUUUACUUUAUGUAGCACAUAAACCUUGUUGGGGGGUGGGAGGGAGUUGAAGAGGGGGACCGUUCGGAACUUGCUUUCACAACCUAGCAAGCAAAGAAAUGAAGAGAAGCAGUGUAGGUUUUUUUAUCACUUAAAGAUGUAUUGUCCCUUUAAGUGGGUCGCUGGGUUUUUUUCCCCCUUUUCUUUUCUUUCUAAUGUAACAACGUGGAGACGCUGCUCAGAGCAGAUUAUUACAGGCUGCUUGUGAAAUUUCUUCCUGCUGCAUUAAGCUGAAGAGGUGGGAGCUGUGGUGAUUCCAUUAUGUAGCAGCAAAAGUCCCCCCUGCCCCCUACCCUCAAAUUCUAAUAGCAAAUUUGAAUGCCUGUAAACUUGUGUAAAAUCAUCCCGUUGUUACGUUGCCUGAUUUCCUGGGUUUUUUGGGGAUUUUUUUUUGGUUUUUUUUUUUUGUUUCUUUACCCUCAUUUGGAGGGCUUUUGCUAUGAAUCUCAAAUAUUGUUGUUUUCUGAUCUGACCCACUUCCUGAAAUGUUUGUGUGUGAGGGAAAAGGGAUACUACAUCUUUAAACAGUAUUUCUACAUUGCCUGUGUACCUGUAUGUAAAAAUAAAAAAAAAAAGUUUGAAGUGUACCUGUGUACAUAACUCUGUAAAGACACUGAGAAAUUAUACUAACUUAUUUAUGUUAAAAGAUUUUUUUUUUAAUCUAGAAGACAAUAUUUUUUCCCCAUAAAGCCAAAGUGGCAUGGUUUUGUGCAUUUGUAAAUGCUCUAUUUGGUAGACUUUUUAGGGGUUUUUUUGUUGUUUUUUUUUCUUGGGUUUUUUUUUUCUUUUUCUGAUAAUUAAUAUGGCUGUGCUUAAAGGAUUGCAGACUGAGCCAAUUUAAUAUUUUUUUUUGUAAUGUGUGGGAAAAAAAAUCCAGAUUGAUAUUGUUUCACAUCAAGCAAUCAAUAAAGAAAACUGCCAUAUAUAAAAUAUGUUCUUCAUUAGUGUGUGUUUCAACCUCCCUCA